GAGAAGAAAGAGAGAGGAGAGGAGUGGGGAGGAGAGAUAGAGAGACAGUGUAAUCACUCCCCACUCUCUCCACACAGAUUUGAUAGCUGAUAGAUUGACAGGUAUAUUGAUCUAUGCAGUGGUGUAUAGAUCUCUGUAUUGGUGUAUUGAUCUUUGUAGUGGUGUAUUGAUUGAUGUAUUGGUGUAUUGAUCUCUGUAUUGGUGUAUAGAUCCCUGUAUUGAUCCCUGUAUUGAAGUAUCGCUCUCUGUAUUGGUGUAUUGAUCCGUGUAUUGGUGUAUAGAUCACUGUAUUCAUGUAGUGAUCGCUGUAUUGCUCUCUGUAUUGAUGUAUUGCUCUCUGUAUUGGUGUAUUGAUCCGUGUAUUGGUGUAUUGCUCUCUGUAUUAGUGUAUUGAUCCGUGUAUUGGUGUAUUGAUCGCUGUAUUGGUGUAUUGAUCCGUAUAGUGGUGUAUUGAUCCGUGUAUCGAUCUCUGUAUUGGUGUAUUGAUCCGUGUAUUGAUCUCUGUAUUGGUGUAUUGAUCCGUGUAUUGAUCUCUGUAUUGGUGUGUUGAUCCGUGUAUUGGUGUAUUGGUGUAUUGAUCGAUGUAUUGCUCUCUGUAUUGGUGUAUUGAUCCAGGUAUUGAUCCGUGUAUUGGUGUAUUGAUACUCACGCCCCGCUCUCCACUCUGAUUGAUCGCACGUUGUCGAAGCCGCAGUCCUGGAUGUUACAGCACUCCGAGGACUCCCAGCACUGAAGCAUGUCUGCUAGCGAAGAACAGAGCAAGACCCAGCCCCAGACCGACGGGAAGAGCGGAGCCACGUCCAAGAAUUCCCAGAUGGGGAUGAACGAGUAUAAGAUGUAUGUUUUUGACCAGGAGAAUUUCCAGGGUCGCUGUAUGGCGUUCUCUGCCGAGUGCAGGAAUGUGUGUGAGAGCGGCUUCGACAGGAUCCGCUCCGUCCGAGUGGAGUGCGGCCCCUGGGUGGGGUAUGAUCAGAUGAAUUUCUGUGGUGAGAUGUUUAUCCUGGAGAAGGGAGAGUUUCCUCGCUGGGAUUCCUGGUCUAACAGCUACAGGAACGAGUACAUGAUGUCAUUCCGACCCGUGCGCAUGGACCCUGAGAAGCACAAGGUGUGCCUGUUUGAGGUGGGGGAGUUCAAGGGCAGAAAGAUGGAGAUCAUGGACGACGAUGUGCCCAGCCUCUUCUCUUACGGGUUCACUGACCGCGUGGGCAGCGCCAGCGUCCUGUGCGGAACGUGGGUCGGCUACCAGUAUCCCGGUUACCGCGGUUACCAGUACCUCUUCGAGAAGGGCGACUACCGCCACUGGAACGAGUGGGGCGCUCGCACCCCCCAAAUCCAAUCCAUGAGGCGCCUGCGUGACAUGCAGUGGCACAAGCAGGGCUGCUACACCCUGGCUGCCAAGUGAGGGCGCCAGAGAGGAGAGAGGAG